AUGACUUCCACAUCACCCCCACCUAGUUCACGCUGUACAUCUCCUUCAUCGGAUGACUGGACUUUCCCAACCACAGCCCAUGACAUGGCAUCCUGGGGCAUCGAUUGCUUCAGGUCCCAUAUCAGCAAAUCAAUCCUCGAGCAGCUGUGGGACGAUCGCGACCGUGCCGACUUCGAGAUUCGAUGCGGCGACAAGAGUCUGAAGGUUCACAGAGCAAUCCUUCGUUCCCACUCAGAGGUGCUUGCUAAGGCUUGCGACAAUCACUCGUUCAAGGAAGCGGUCUCUGGUAUUCUCGACCUCAAGUCUCAACCUUACGGAGGCAAUCUCGACAACCUAGGCGAUGGAGAUGACCCAGAAAUCGUCGAAGAGAUGAUCCACUACUUCUACCAUCUCGAGCUAUCUCCUAAAGCUCGAGUGAUCUCGCCCUGGGAGUGCGAGGUUGUCCACGUCGAGCCAUCCCUUGUCCUUCUGGCCCGAAUCUACGUCCUUGCUGAGAAGUACUUCAUCGAAGCGCUGAAAUCCAGCGUCAUGGUCGGCUUCCGCAAUAGUCUGGAACGCGAGCUGCAACAUCCAGAACUCAUUGAAGCGUGCCACAUCAUCUUCAAGAAGACCGUGGAGCCAGCGGGCGAGAAGGGCUUGAAGACGGUCGUAGCAAAGUUCCUGGCAGAUCAUCUGGAGAAGGUCAAGAAGUCCAAGAUGCAUGACAAGCUGUUCCAAGAAAUCCCUGAGCUCGCUUUCCGUGUGCUGAAAGAGAUCCCUAAACCCUCACCUCAGGCUCCCCACCACUGUAAAUGGUGUGGUCUUUGA